AUGUUACUUAUCGCCAUCAGUGACGCACUUAAGAGAACACGCUCGUUUCGCAAAGAAUUACGUCAGUAUCCACUAUCCUUCGAAUUCAACGAGUAUUAUUUACAUUUCCUCGCCUAUCAUCAUGUCUCAAUGCGUUUUCGUACGUUUUUACUGGAUUUAGAGCACGAACGUGUGCAGAUGGGUUGGCUAUCAGAUGGUGAAAAGAAAGAUGCAAAGACUUCUAAAUCUCACAUAAAAAGUCUUUGGAAUUACAUCGACAUGCUACACAGAAAAUCAUCAUUAUUUUAUAAUUUCAAGUUUUCGAAAGAACAUUCUGAAAAGGUGCUUCGUCCUCAUUGCAACGUUUCCAAUCUAAAAUUAUGGAGUUAUUUUGUUUCGGAGAAUGUCUCCACUGGUCCAGAGUUUGAUAAAGAAGUUAUAAAUGAGACAGAAACUGCUGCCGAGGAACGACAACAGAAGUUAGAAGACAAGUACGAUGCCAACAGACGCUGUCGAAGUGGUAUGUUUCGUGGAUCGGUUCAUUACGACAGUAGUAGCUGUGCAUAUCAUUUGUACGAAUAUAAUCGCAUCGAAGAAGAGGCUGACAAACACGCAACUUGUUGGAAAAAAUACGGGAGCGUUUGGAACAGCCUAAAAUAACGAAAACGUUUUUAACAUACAACGAAGAACUUUCCAGAGUCCGUAGUGGUGUACUACACAAACGAGAUACAAUGGACAUAAUACUUGAGG